AUGCUCUCCGGGAUCAUGCAACAAAACUUGAAGCCGGGUAGGUUCAAAGAACCUAUUGCCGGAAGGCCUCUAGGCAACCUAGAGGAAUUGUUGAACCGAGCCGAGAAAUACGUACAAAUAGAGGAAGCCUCUACCCAUGCUACUCCCAAGAGGAAGAGGGAAGAUGACCGACAGGACGUUAGAAGACGAGAUGAUCGACGUCCACCACUCUCGCCUCAAGGCCAAUCAUCUUCCUCCUACAAUCGGUUCACUCCGCUAAACACUCGCCUCACUGAAAUCCUUCAUGUAAUAGAACAAAGAGGUCAAGCAGAACCUCCACGCCCAAUGCAGCCAAAUGCGAAACGAGAAAAAUCGGAUCGCUACUGUCGAUUCCAUAAGGAUAGAGAAUAUACUACCGAUGAAUGUGCACAACUCAAAGUAGAAAUUGAGAAGUUGAUCAAGCAGGGCCACUUAGGCGAAUACAUCGACAAGCCUCGAAACAAGCGCCGUGAUGACCUCCCACGCCGAGAUAACAAUCGAGAUCAACCGCAACGACGAGAGGAGGGGGGUCAUCGGCGCGAACAAGAUAAUAAUGAUAAUCAACCCACCUGGGGAAUCAUUGCCUUUAUCUCCGGAGGACCGGCGGGUGGCAAUUCACAAAAUGCGAGACGCUCCCUCGCUCGGUCAGCACGUAUGAAUCAAGAGCACGUCUCUCCAUCCACAUCUAUCUAUCAGAUACGAAGACCUAAUCAUAGCAUAGUCUUCGACUCCGUGGACCUCGAGGGCCCGGACGAAGACCAUGUCGACGCAUUGGUAGUCACAACAUCGGUAACCAACUUUUUGGUUAAGAAGAUCUUAGUGGACGGGGGAAGCUCAGCAGAUAUCAUGUAUCUCCAUACAUUCAAACAUCUAGGCAUAGAUAACGCCCGAUUUAGCCCCAUCACUACACCGCUAAAAGGAUUCACCGGGGAGGGCGUUUUAUCCAUGGAAGAAGUGGAGUUGCCCAUCUCCUUAGGGGACAGCCCUUGUCGAAUUACCAAGAUCAUAAAAUUCCUCAUCGUCCACAAGCCGUCCCCCUACAAUAAUUUGUGUAUUAAUAGGAUCCCAUGA